UCAGCUCUGAUCCUCAAAAUAUUGUCUAUGAUCUAUAAGAUGGUGCAGAGCAAUACUUAUGCAACUAAAAGGGAUAUAUAUUAUUCAGACACACAACUGUUUGGUAGCCAAACUAUUGUGGACAACAUAAUCAAUGACAUUUCCUGCAUGCUUAAGAUACCUCGGAGAAGUCUACAUAUACUCUCUUCAACUAAAGGUUUUGUUGCUGGUAAUUUAAGUUACACUGAGGAAGAUGGGACGAAAGUGCAUUGCAGCUGCAGUGCAACAGCAGUCACUGUGCCAUCUAAUGUUGAAGGAAUUAGAAAUUUAAUCUCACAUGCCAAAUUUAUGUUAAUUGUAGAAAAAGAUGCAACUUUUCAGAGACUCCUGGAUGAUGACUUCUGCAAUAGGUUGUCCCCAUGUAUAAUGAUUACG